GGUGUGGGGACGGAGAGAGCCUAUAUAAAGCCCAGCAGCGGCGCGUCUGUCACCAGAUCAUCAUCCGCAGCUCCGGCCGCUUCUCGACCUGCAGACGGACUUGGACUGAUUGUUCUUUUGUGUUGACAGGAUAGCACGCAGCGGGAGCAGCCAUGGCUCAUGGAUGGGGAUACGGACCGAGUAACGGACCUGACAAAUGGGGAGAAGAGUUUCCUGUAGCCGAUGGGCCCAGACAGUCUCCCAUCAACAUUGUCCCUAAGGAGGCCCAAUAUGACUCCACACUGAAGGCUCUGAAAGUCAAGUAUGACCCCUCCAAUGCCAUGGGCAUUCUCAACAACGGACACUCCUUCCAGGUGGACUUUGUGGAUGACACAGAUAGUUCCAUCCUGACUGGAGGUCCUAUUUCUGGAGUGUAUCGUUUGAAGCAGUUUCAUUUUCACUGGGGAGCCAGUGAUGAUAGAGGCUCCGAGCACACUGUCAAUGGCAUCAAGUUCCCCUGUGAGCUUCACCUGGUGCACUGGAACACUAAGUACCCUAGCUUUGGCGAGGCAGCCAGCCAGCCUGAUGGGCUCGCCGUAAUCGGGGUCUUUCUCAAGAUUGGUGCUGCCAACCCCAGACUUCAGAAAGUUCUGGAUGCCUUGGAUGCUAUUAAGACCAAGGGAAAGCAGACCACCUUUGCUAACUUUGACCCAAAGACUCUUCUACCUGGUUCUCUGGAUUAUUGGACCUAUGAUGGCUCUCUGACCACGCCCCCCCUGUUGGAAAGUGUCACCUGGAUCGUCCUCAAGGAGCCAAUCAGCGUCAGCCCUGCUCAAAUGACCAAGUUCCGCAGCCUCCUCUUCACUGGAGAAGGAGAUGCUCCAUGCUGCAUGGUGGACAACUACCGGCCUCCUCAGCCUCUGAAGGGCCGUCGGGUCCGCGCCUCCUUUAAAUAAACCCUCCUUUAUCUUCAUAGCGUCUUUGCCCCUUUGCUCAUCCUUCCCUCUUUCCCCAUACCUUCUUACUCCUUUUGUUCUCCACAUGCAGUCUUUACUUAGUCAAUAGGGCUAAUAUGCGCUAUCAACUUGAAAAGUAGAAUAAAAACACAUCUGCUUAUGCAUUCUACAACAUAGACUACCUGGAUGUAUCUUGAAAUAAAGCAUAAAGACAUCUACACAAGUGUCUUGUAUCCGGAUAAAAUCUAGAUCAUAUUUAAAGUACCCCUCCACUCAAAAAUGUGUUUUUCUUAUGUUUAUGUCUCCUAAAAUGUCAGACCUUGACUUUACUGACAUGUAUCUGUGCAAAGUUUGUCACCAGAGAGGUGUUUUCACAUUCCUCUACUGAAGGAGGAGAUGUCUGUACACUUCCCUAAAAUCUGAGUCAAACAUACUCCGGGCAAGCUAGAUUUGGUACGUCACAAAUUCAAAAGCCAAUCGCAAUGCCACUGGCAAAGAAACCUGAAACCUCCACCUGACCUGUCAGUACAGAAUGUGAGAGUUUGCACUAAGUUAUUGUAGUGAAAAUUUGAACAGCAAACAUGGUAGAGUGUGCAGUUCUUGGAUGUAAACCAAGAACCCUACAGAAUCCUCAUCUGGGUUUGACUGAGGCUCAAACAUGUACGGCUGAAUCUCUCAGAUGUUUCCUAUAACUCUAGCCAUCUUGACGCGCACCACUCUCUCACCAUGGAUGUAUGUCCCUCACCCACAUCCAACCUAACAUGCAGCGCAACUACAAGCAUGUUUUAUCGUCCUCACAGCUCUGACUCACGCAAUUCUCUCACCCACACAGAUUGUCUGUGGUUGAACUGAUCAGGGAUCAGAUAAACGCUGCAUCAGCUUGGUGUGCCUUGUAUUUGAUCAUAUGUGCAGGAAUUGCUGGAGCCAUUUUUCCUUGAUGCUUUAAUGAAACAGAGGACAAUGUCUAAUUUCAGUGUCCUUCAGUGGACUUUUAGCUGCUGUUAUGAGGAAGGGAUAGGACGGGACAUACCUUGGAGACAGUGAGUGGCUAGUUCUAGACUGCUUACUGACCUAGUUAUACUAUAGGAGGAGUAAAGAUUACAUAUGUGUCUUGGAGAGAUGGAUGCAUUUAUACCUUUUAAACAUCUGCUUAUAAUGCGUCUCAAACCUCCUUUGAACAAUAGGAUUUCAGUCAAUCUUGAAUGCCUCUUGAAUGCAUUUACACUUAGCUUUUUUAAAAUCAUACAGCUAUCUGAUCCACCAAGUGUAAAUGGCGUCAUAGAUUGUGCACGCAUAACAAUAGCACAGACAAAGGUACCCUAAGAAUUUUGAUCUAUCCCAGCUAAAAUAGGUCCCAAGUGAUUAGUGAUUUACUGAAAUUGUCACAACUACUAACAAUGGAAAUUCUGGCCCCUGAUCUCCUAAUUUUGGCUAUAACAUGUUAUUCCCAUUUUCUCUGGCCAUGCUAACUAAUAAUGUAAAUUAUUUUCUUAUUUAUAGUGUCUAUUGAUGUGUGCCAAGACAGUCUGCAAUAUCAUAGACAAAAUCUACCCAAAAUAGAACUUCUUUGUGUUAUUAUAAGAAAUAAAUAUAAUUUCAUAAAUAUAAGAAUUUCAAUCAACAGUAAUUUGCCUUGUUUGAAAUUAAAGCAUUUAUCAAGUUUCUGAAACUUCUUUCUAUGCAUUUCAUUGUGUUGUGAAUUGUGCUGCAGACAGCUGUUCGGAUUGUGAAAGCUAAUGUUUUUACUGAUGCCUGACUUUGUCAGUUUGAGACAAAGUGACCAUACUGAGUUUGGACGUGACAUUUAUCAGUGGUGACUAUACAGUUGUACACUGUGGCCACCACCCAUCAACUGAAAUUUCUAUGCAAGUACAUUUUUAGACUUAUAAUCACCUCAUGAUGGUACAGUAAUGCUAUGGAAUGCCCCAGAAUGUUGGGUAGGACAGUCUUACCCAGUACUGGCUGAUGGUACAGCCUGAGGCCAUGUCCACAUUAAUGCGUGUAAAUAGAAAAUGUGUCUGUUUUUUCUCUGUGUUGGGCUUCCAUCCAUUCUGGGUAAAUUCUUUUGCAAAAAUUAGACAGCACCCUACUGACACAUCUGCAUUAUUGUGGUCAUAGCCAAAUCAUUCUAUCAGUGGCUCUACAGUAAGUGUCACUCCAUUUUUUAUAAAAACUGUGACAGCUGAACUGCCUAUCACCACAGUGCAUUAGACAUUGUCUUUAAGACUCAUGUAAGACAGAGCUGUUAUGUUGGAAAGAAUUUAAAGGAUCAAUUUAUGACUAAACAUUAAUACAAGCUACAGUAUCAACGUAGGCCACAUAAUUUUUCAUUAAAUUAUUAUACUUUGUCAGCAAUGUCAUUGCUCCAUCUAACUAAACUGAGUGGCAGGUAUUCGUAAGAGACCAGCGCAAUGUUACUUUUUAGCUUUUACAUCAAUAUCAUAAAAAAUGUUAUAAAAUAAUCAGCUUUCAGAGUGUGGCUAUACUGAAACAGCUGUAACAUUUUAAAGUGUGUCACUUGAAACUGCUGUCACAUUACUGAUGGAGAAAUGUUUUGUGUGAGUUGGUCAUGUUAUUAAUGGAAAAUAAUUUAAUCAAUAAAGACUCAUAACUUA